UCAUCCGGCGCAAGAGACCGGCAGCUCGGGUGACGCGUUUUGCGCAUUUCCUGCAGCUCGAGCUCACUCAGAUUCAGGAGAGAGAGGGGACGGGAAACAGGGACCGAAAGGAGAAAAAAAACCGAACGGGAGCGAAGCACCGUGAUGUAUUUGAGGUGCUCGUGAGCCCGAAAAAGACUGCAUUGAGGGGGCAAAAAGGCAUUGCUUUCCGAGAGUACGCGCAAAUAUCGCGUUGCUGUGAGGUCGAAACAAGGAGAUUAUCCCAAAGAAGAGCGAUCGAGGGGCUGGAAACGGAGCACCAAUCCCGGAUGGCUAGGCGCGGCUGCUCGCGCUGUCUCCCACCCUGACCCGGGAGAGACACACAAGACCGUGGGGACGCUCCGGGGCUUCACGUGAACCCAACCGGAGCUCGUUAACCCGCAUUCCCCCUCUCUGCUGUUUUAUAUCUCGGCCUGUUUACGCCGAAACAGGAAUCUUGUGUGGCGCACGGGACCGACCAUAAACAAACAAGACAGCCGCUCGGGUGGGAGAGUGUUCAGCAAGCGACCUCUGAAGGGUGUGAGUCUGCGUUGUUACUGCGUUUUUUUUUCAUCCCAUUAGAGAUCAGCUGUAUUGUAAGCGCGUGUGUCUCUGUUUGUAUGUGCGUGUGUAGAUAACAGUGUUCAGAUAUGGCUGUACUAGACUGAGAGUCCAAGGAGCCAGCGGCAUUAUGGGAUGUAGCAGGACUGUGCAGUGACCCCUCUCAUUGGAAGGAAACACUUUGUGUACAGGAACAGGCAGACUAGCCUAAACACACACACACACACACACACACACACACACACACACACACACACACACACACACACACAUACACAUCCCAACCGCCUGCAGCCAUGCCUGUGUUCAGUGGCCUGUUGAAGGUGCGAGUGUGUGAGGCAGUGGACCUGAAGCCCACACCAUGGGCCCUGCGUCACGCUGUGGGGAAGAGCGGCUCCUUCCUGCUGGACCCUUACCUGGCCCUGAAUCUGGAUCACACCCGGCUUGGCCAGACCGCCACCAGGACCAAGACCAACAGCCCCGCCUGGCACCAGGAGUUCUGCACUGAGGUUCGUGAGGGAAGGAGUCUGGAACUGUCUGUCUUCCACGAUGCACCCAUCGGAUAUGAUGACUUUGUGGCCAACUGCACCAUCCAGCUGGAGGACCUGCUGCAGAACGGAACCAGGCACUAUGAGGACUGGAUUGACUUGGAGCCAGAGGGCAAGGUUUACGUGGUCAUUGAUCUAUCCGGAUCCUCCACUGAAGCCACGGGGACCAAUGAGAAUGAGGAGCGGGUGUUUCGAGAGAGAAUCGGUCCUCGCCGGCGACAGGGCGCCGUCCGAAGACGCGUCCAUCAAGUCAAUGGACACAAGUUCAUGGCCACCUACCUGAGACAACCAACCUACUGCUCACAUUGCAGAGAUUUUAUCUGGGGCGUGCUGGGGAAGCAGGGAUACCAGUGUCAGGUGUGUACGUGUGUCGUCCACAAGCGCUGCCAUGAGCUCAUCAUCACCAAGUGUGCCGGGAUGAAGAAACAGGAGGACACACCAGAGGAGGUGGGUUCACAGCGGUUCAGUGUUAACAUGCCCCAUAAAUUCAGUAUCCACAACUACAAGGUCCCCACGUUCUGUGACCACUGUGGCUCCCUGCUGUGGGGCCUCAUGAGGCAGGGCCUGCAGUGCAAAGUGUGUAAGAUGAAUGUGCACAGACGGUGUGAGACCAAUGUGGCUCCUAACUGCGGUGUGGAUGCCCGAGGAAUCGCAAAGGUCCUCUCUGAUUUGGGAGUCACGCCGGACAAGAUCUGCAACACCGCACAGCGCAGGAGGAAGUUGACUCCAGGGCAGGACCCUCCCCAGUCUCCUCCUGAGCUCUCCCAGACUGAGGAGAACAGCUUCAGCCAGCCAUCUGUUCCCACCUCCCCCUCACAGCAGGAUUUGGCACAGUUAGAUCGCUUGCAGGAAGUGCUGUCACUCGACCAGCAGGGACCCCAACACUCCUCCUCUUCCUCCUCCUCCACCACCUCCUCUUCGUCCUCGUCCUCCUCGGCAGGGAAGGAGAACGGACAGAUCCUGAGGAGGAGCCUCAAGGACUUCAACUUUAUCAAGGUUCUCGGCAAAGGCAGCUUCGGCAAGGUGAUGUUGGCAGAGCUGAAGGGGACAGAGGAGGUUUACGCUGUCAAAGUUUUAAAGAAGGACGUGAUCCUGCAGGACGACGACGUGGACUGCACCAUGACUGAGAAGCGCAUCCUGGCGCUUGCUCGCAGACACCCCUACCUCACCCAGCUCUACUGCUGCUUCCAGACACGGGACCGUUUGUUUUUUGUAAUGGAAUAUGUAAAUGGAGGAGACCUGAUGUUCCAGAUUCAGCGAUCCAGAAAGUUUGACGAGGCUCGCUCUCGUUUCUAUGCCGCCGAGGUCACCUCAGCCCUCAUGUUCCUGCACCGCAACGGAGUCAUCUACAGAGAUCUGAAGCUGGAUAACAUCCUGUUGGAUGCAGAGGGACACUGUAAGCUGGCAGACUUCGGCAUGUGCAAAGAGGGCAUCAAGAAUGGAGUGACCACUACCACCUUCUGUGGCACGCCUGACUACAUCGCCCCUGAGAUCCUGCAGGAGCUGGAGUAUGGAGCCUCCGUGGACUGGUGGGCCUUGGGGGUGCUGAUGUAUGAGAUGAUGGCCGGACAGCCUCCGUUCGAAGCUGAUAACGAAGACGACUUGUUUGAGUCGAUUCUCCAUGACGAUGUCCUCUACCCCGUAUGGCUCAGCAAAGAAGCUGUUUCUAUCCUUAGAGCGUUCAUGACCAAGAACCCGGCCAAGCGUCUGGGCUGCGUGGUGAGCCAGGGCUGUGAGGAGGCCAUCAAGACCCAUGCCUUCUUCAGAGAGAUCGACUGGGUCCUGCUGGAGCAGAGAAAAGUCAAACCACCCUUUAAACCGCGGAUUAAGACCAAGCGAGAUGUGAAUAACUUUGACCAGGACUUCACCAAGGAGGACCCUGUGUUGACCCCCACGGACGAGGCCAUCAUUCGACAGAUCAACCAGGAGGAGUUCAAAGACUUCUCCUACUGCGCCCCCGAGGAGGCGCAGACCUAACACACACACACAAACACACACACUGAUCAAACACUAAACACUAAACCUGGCACGCACGGAUGCACACAUUGCUGACACUCAUACAUGUGUAGAAUCAUGAAUCCCUUUACAAAACACACACACACACACACACACACACACACACAUGCACACAGUCAAUCCUUUACUUUGAAGCUAUUGGUUGUUGUUACUUUUUGGAAUAUUCUUUACUUGCAUUGUGUUGUUCUUGUUGCCUGGGGUUUAUUAUGACUAUAAAUAUGACUAUGAAUAUAGAUUUACACACUUGCACAUGCUCUCACAAACAUUCCCACGCUGCACACUUUUAAUGCAGAUUUACACACAAACAAAAACGACAAUCCGAAGUUUUACUCACAAACACAAACAUGCUCACUGCACAUGCUCAGACAACCAAAACACACACGCACACACACUUACACUGCUUCUCUCCCCAGCACCAGGACUGUACAGUGGGUGCUGGGUGCUGGGUGCAGAGGCCUGUAUAUAGCCUGUGUUGAGUGGCUGUAUCGUGUUGGUAUUGUCUGCUAGUAAAGGAGAGUUGUGGCGCAUGGACAAGCACCCUACCUGUGUUAUUACUGUCCUUAUUGUGGACCAGUUAGGGCUAAAUACCCUUUGUGCAAUACGCUGACUAUCUAUAUAUUUUAUUUGUUUUUUCAUGUGUUGUUUUUGUCUUUUUUUCUCCUCAAAAUGUGUUUUUGUGUAUGAUUGAAAUCUUGCGCUCAUCAUCCUCCUGUCUCAUGUGUAUAACGAGAAUGUCGAGCUUACAGGUUACAGGCUAUAGAACUAAUUAUGUGGAGCAGAGUGUUACAGGCGGCCUGUGUAGCAGCAUAAAGCCCAAUUUCCAGCUAUUUCAUCCAUCUGCUAGUUUCAGAGUCCGUGUCUGUCCUGCUGGUGUGAAUGUACUGGCCCGUGGGCGUUUUUUUUUUGUCGUGAAUGUACAUAUUCGUAAGUGAAUGCUUGACUUUUCUUUCUCCCUUUCGGUGUGUGACUUUUUAUCCUCAGCAUUUUUGUUUCUAUAGUUACCAUCAGUGUUUUCAGCCCCCCCCCCCCAUCCUUCCCCUCUUCUCCAAAGCACCAAUUCCCCUUUCCUGCCUCCAGCAGCCGUCUCACUCAGCCAAAACCACUUGCUUUUCUGACUUUUGCUUUUAUUUUUCAAGAAUGGCUUUUCUUUCUUAUUGCUCUUUCUUUUUUAUUAUAGUUAUUAUUAUUAUUAUUAUUAUUAUUAUUAUUAUUAUUAUUAUUGUUAUUGUAAAGUGUAUCUGGAGGAAAUCUUUGUGUAUAAAACUAUAACUAUACUAUCAUAGGUCUGUUACAGCCGGGCGAAAAAGAAAUGUGGAAAACCAGCAGCUGAAUUACCUCUCAUUUCCAACACACACACAAACAAACCACCACAUACAGACUCUCUCCUUUGCCUCCUUCCUCUUCUUCUCUUUCUUUGAAACACACACACAUGCACUCACAGUGAAGGACUGUUGUCGCGUGUACUGUACAGUGAUCUGAAGGCGAGCUGGUUGCUCUGUGUGCAGUAAAAUCGGUGUGUAGUGAAGCUUUGUGCACCCAGGGGUAGGGCUGUUCCUGGUCACACUAUCUUACUCUGUGCCAAAAUGUAGUGCAACAGCCAGGCUAUUCCUGUCUGGUCUGAUUCCAAUAAAACACUGAGCUGUCUACAUCA